CAACAUAGGCAACCAGUUUCCAGCCCAGGGUGUUCCUGCUGGAUUUUCGAUGUAUCCUGCAUUCAGUCCCCUACAGAUGAUCUGGUGGCAACAUAUGUAUGCACGCCAGUACUACAUGCAAUACCAAGCUGCUGUUUCAGCCCAAGUGACUUCCAGCACUGAGCCAGUGAGAUCUGCAGUCGCCCAGGCUGUAAACUCAGAACACGCUCCUGCAAACCAGCCCGCAGCAGUGCCAAAUGUAGCCGUCCAGGAGAACAGGCCUGUAAACCCAAACGUUCAGAUGAAUGCACAGGGCGGCCCGGUAGUGAACGAGGACGACUUCAACCGGGACUGGCUGGACUGGAUGUACACAUUCUCUCGAGCAGCAAUUCUUCUGAGCAUUGUAUACUUCUAUUCUUCCUUCAGUCGAUUUGUCAUGGUAAUGGGAGCCAUGCUGCUGGUCUAUUUACAUCAAGCUGGAUGGUUUCCCUUUAGGCAAGAAGGAGGCCAGCAGCAGGCAGCCAAUAAUGUGGAAGUGAACCGUGAUGGGCAACAUGCAAAUAAUCCUGAUCUUGAAGAGAUGGAACGACUUAUGGAUGAUGGGAUUGAUGAAGACAGCGGAGAAGAGGCGGGUGAAGAUGCCAAUACAGAGCAGCAUCCUGGAUUCAUGGCUUCUGCUUGGUCCUUCAUCACAACCUUCUUCACAUCCCUCAUCCCUGAAGGGCCUCCACAGGUUGGCAAUUAAAGAGGACAAAGAACUGUGUCAGGCAGCCUCAGUAGCCAUAUGUAGAAGUGGAGCAGACUUUAGAGAGUGUUUUGAAUACAGUGCAAUUUCUGAAAAUUUAUAAUGUUAUCUUUUUGAUUGUGGUGUACAAAAACGUGUAUUUUUUUUUCUUUUGGCUCUCUCAUGCAUUGAAUAUUUUAAGCACAAGUGGACUACUAACUGCUUUCUUUUUAAGAUUCUUCUUUUUCUGAAGAAUAAAAUGUAAAGAUACUGGUCUUCCAUGUUUUAUUUUCAUUUCAAAUGUGUAUUAUACUGAGGCAAAAAGCUUGUACUUAGUCUGCACCAGUACCUCUUUAAAGAGCUGUUAAAAAUACGAAUGUUGACAGACCUUUCCAAAUGCUAUCUAUUCCUCUGAAUACCUUUAGUGCAUCUUGUGUUAGUUUUAUGCAGGGUAUGAAUUAUCACUUGGGAUUGGGAGUUCAUAUCGUUCCUGGAAGAAUGCUGCAAACGCAAAGAUAAGUUGAUAAUGGUGUGUUGUCUUCAUGCCGCAAAAUACUAAACCUCUUCUCACACCUUUAGAAAGCUAAAAGCUUUUUCUUGAGGUUGUGCUGAAGUUCAUCAAAGA